GAGAGAGAGAGAGAAACAACGCAGAGAACGAGAGAGAGGCAAGAACAUCCGUAGCCACGUAGCCAACUAGGCCGAAGACCUUCUCUGUCGCUUUCAAAAUCCCGGCGCUGCACAUCUCCGCCUUUUGUCUUGCACCAGCCAUGCUCCGCAUCCUGGUCACCUGCACGGCCCUCGUCGGCGCUCUGGCGUCCCGCGUCAAGGACGAUAUCUCGCUGCGCACCGACGCCAUGACCAACGCCAGCUCAGGCAAGAACCUCUGCAGCCGCUGGCUCAUCGUUGAGUACGAUGACGGCUCGCAGGAAGACGGGGCCACAUUCGGAUCUUUCAGGUACCUCAGCGAUGCAUGGACCUCCGUCGUGCUGUUCACCAAGACCGAGAGUGACGGAUGCACCAAGACCUACACCGCCAUGUGUGAGGGCGGUGAAUUGCAGGUAAAAAAGGUGUGCGGAGAGAAGGAGAGCAUCGAAACGCGGUGCCUCGGUGGCAUGAGCUGUUUCGUCUCCAGUCGCAAAAGCACGUUCGGCACUGGCGACUCUGGUGUGGUGUUUCAUCCGGACGAGGAUGACGUGAGUCUCAGCAGUGGGAAGGUUGUGGUCUACACAGUUGACCCAUCCAAGGGCAUCAACUUGGAGGAUGCGCCAGGCAAUUACAAGUGGAAGGCAGAAUGGGGCUGCUACUGUUGCAAGCACAGCUAUGGCCUCGAGAAUCCCUUCUCUUUUUCUUCAAGACGGCUGGCCUGGAAGAGGGGCAGCGACGGCAACAUGGAGUGCAUGCUUGCAUGGCGGAUGAUUGGCAAUGGCAUGGACCACGAAAACCCAGCAGAUUCCAGCGUCCUGGGCGUUUUCGCGCUGAUCCCCGAGUUUGUGAUGACCUUCGCGGACAUGAUGACCCUGACCAUCGGUCGACACCUCGCGUGCGCUGCCACCUGCCCCUUGCGCAAUCCCAAGUACGAGGCGAACAAGCAUGCCUUCACCAAGAUCCAGACCGACAUGGACAAGUACUGAGGCUGCUCCAGGCUUGGUGUAGGUCCGCACUCGCUGACAGAGUGGCACGUGUAACAAUAGACAACGUCCGUGUGGGGAGGAGGGCGACGACA